AUGAGUAACACUACAAUGAGUACAAGCACAGUUAUUACUGUAGACGAGGAAGCUCAAUUAAUAAUUUUCUACAAUUUUUUAAUCGCAACCGUUUCAAAAUGUCUUGAUGGUUUUAUAUGGAUCGUUGGUAAUAUUGGAGCGAUUUGUACUUGCAUUGUAUUUUAUCGACCGGCAUUCCGCAAGAGUCCUUGUGCCAUGUAUUUCAUAGUUUCAAGCAUUUCACAGCUUUUUGUUUUCAACUUUGCUACAUUUAUUCGAAUGAUUCAAUAUGGUUAUAAUGUUCCUGUUAACGCUGUUCCAGAAUGGUUUUGUAAGGUCCGCUACUACAUUUUUUAUGUUGCUGCAGCUAAUGCUCGUUACAACAUGAUGUUUGCUGCUGCAGAUCGUUAUUUCUGUAGUUGUCGCAGUGCUCUUCGUCGUCAAUGGAGUUCACCAAAGAUUGCUGUUCGUCUUAUGAUUAUCGACGCCAUUAUUUGGCUUCUCUUCUACAUUCAAGUUCUUGUUUUCUCUGGCCUCCAAAAUGGCAAAUGCAGAAUUCCAGUAGUGAGUAUUAUGACGUAUUUUAGUUUUUAUAUCACGGUCGAAAAUGGAUUUUUUCCAAUACUUCCACUGCUGUUCUUCGGAAUACUUACUAUUCGUAAUAUUCAUCAAACUACACGACGUACUAGAACAACAGAACCAGUUAAGGGUAGUCAACCUGUUCAGAACGAUCGAGUAUCAAAAAAAGAGACACAACUUCAUAAAAUGUUAGCCAAUCAAGUUAUUAUUUAUCUUAUUCUAAAUGUACCAUAUCCAGUGUACACUGUCUAUCGAACUUUUCUUGGUGUUAGUUCAUUCACGGGAUCACGUGCUUUGAUCGAUACACUUAUCAACAAUACCUUAUAUGAUCUCGUUUAUCUUGGUUAUGCCUUGCAAUUUCUAAUCUUCAUCUUGACAUCAGACAUGUUUCGACGAGAAUUGCGACAAAUCAUUCAAACAAAAAUAAUUCACCGAUGUCGGCAACUCAUCACACCUGCAAGUUGA